AUGAAGGAAGACGGAAGAAGUGAGAUGAAGGAAGACGGAAUAAGAAGUGAGAUGAAGGAAGACGGAAGAAGUGAGAUGAAGGAAGACGGAAGAAGUGAGAUGAAGGAAGACGGAAGAAGUGAGAUGAAGGAAGACGGAAGAAGUGAGAUGAAGGAAGACGGAAGAAGUGAGAUGAAGGAAGACGGAAGAAGUGAGAUGAAGGAAGACGGAAGAAGUGAGAUGAAGGAAGACGGAAGAAGUGAGAUGAAGGAAGACGGAAGAAGUGAGAUGAAGGAAGACGGAAGAAACGAGAUGAAGGAAGAUGGAAGAAGUGAGAUGAAGGAAGAUGGAAGAAGUGAGAUGAAGGAAGAUGGAAUAAGAAGUGAGAGGAAGGAAGAAAGAAGAAGUGAGAUGAAGGAAGACGGAAGAAAUGAGAUGAAGGAAGACGGAAGAAGUGAGAUGAAGGAAGACGGAAGAAGUGAGAUGAAGGAAGACGGAAGAAACGAGAUUAAGGAAGACGGAAGAAACGAGAUGAAGGAAGACGGAAGAAACAAGAUGAAGGAAGACGGAAGUGAGAUGAAGGAAGACGGAAGAAACGAGAUGAAGGAAGAUGGAAGAAGUGAGAUGAAGGAAGAUGGAAUAAGAAGUGAGAUGAAGGAAGACAGAAGAAGUGAGAUGAAGGAAGACGGAAUAAGAAGUGAGAUGAAGGAAGACGGAAGAAGUGAGAUGAAGGAAGACGGAAGAAGUGAGAUGAAGGAAGAAGGAAGAAACGAGAUGAAGGAAGACGGAAGAAGUGAGAUGAAGGAAGACGGAACAAGUGAGAUGAAGGAAGACUGA